CCUACUUCAAAACAAGAGUCUCGCUGCUGCUCCAAAGUAGUGCCGGCAGACACGAGCCGCGACAGCCCGCCGAUGGUGACCCGAGUCCCCGCAACCGCUUCUGAGUAGAGUCGGUCAUCGACACGCUUUCCCCCAGCACAGGACACAACUCGGAUAUGGCGACCUCCAUUCUUGGGGAAGAGCCUCGCUUCGGAACGACACCUCUAGCGAUGCUGGCCGCCACCUGCAACAAGAUCGGGAACACAAGCCCCCUCACCACGCUGCCGGACUCCAGCGUCUUUGCUAAAGGAGGAUUCCAUCCGUGGAAGAGGUCGUCGUCCAGCUGCAACUUGGGCUCGGCUCUGCCGGGCUUCCCGGUGGCGACAAGCCGCGCCUCUGGCGGACUAACGCCGACGAGCGGCGGCGGCGGCGGCAGCGCCUUCUGCCUGGCCUCCACCUCGCCCACCUCGGCCGCCUUCUCCUCAGACUACAGCGGCCUGUUCUCCAACGGCGGCCCGGCGUCGGCCCAGGAGUCCGGCCAGUCGGCGUUCAUCUCCAAGGUGCACACGUCGGCGGAGAGCCUCUACCCGCGGGUGGGGAUGGCGCACCCGUACGAGUCGUGGUACAAGUCCGGGUUCCACUCCACUAUUUCCGGCGAGGUGGCGAACGGCGCGUCGUCCUGGUGGGACGUGCACACCAACCCGGGUUCGUGGCUCGACGUGCAGACCCCGGCGGGCUCGCUGCACUCCGGCACCCCGCAGGCGAUCCACUCCCAGCUGAGCGGCUACAACGCGGACUUCUCCUCCCUCACCCACUCGGCCUUCAGCUCCACGGGGAUCAGCCCCACCGCGUCGCACCUGCUGUCCACCGGGCAGCACCUGUUGGCGCAGGACGGCUUCAAGACGGUCCUGCCGGCCUACACGGACCCUUCCGCGGCCACGGCGAUGAUUUCCGCGGGCGGCAGCAGCUCCUCGCGGUCCUCCAGGCGCUACUCCGGCCGGGCUACGUGUGACUGCCCCAACUGCCAGGAGGCCGAGCGGCUCGGGCCCGCCGGGGCCAGCCUGCGGAGGAAGGGCCUCCACAGCUGCCACAUCCCGGGCUGCGGGAAGGUGUACGGCAAGACGUCGCACCUGAAGGCGCACCUGCGCUGGCACACGGGCGAGCGGCCCUUCGUCUGCAACUGGCUCUUCUGCGGCAAGCGCUUCACACGCUCCGACGAGCUCCAGAGACACCUGAGGACCCACACCGGGGAGAAGCGCUUCGCUUGCCCGGUGUGCAACAAGCGCUUCAUGCGGAGCGACCACCUGAGCAAGCACAUCAAGACGCACACGGCGGGCGGGGGCGGCAAGAAGGGCAGCGACAGCGACACCGACACCAGCAACCUGGAGACCCCCAGGUCCGAGUCCCCGGACCUUAUUUUGGAAGGGGUUCACCCCAGGAUCUCGGGUAAGGACCAGUCCCCUCACCACGAGCCCUGAUGGGGGUUUCAAAUAACUGUGAAAAUGACAAAACAAUAAACAACAUAAAAACGGGUCUUGUUGAACAUAAGGGAAUAUUUCACGGAAUCACAAACAGAGGAAAAAAGGCGGACCUGUUGAAGUUGGACAAUGUGAGUUCUUGCAUCUUGUAUAAAAAGUCAUCUUGUUGUUUGCAUUCGUGAUCCUGGACUUCAGGGAGUUUACCUUUCAAUGCACUUUGUGGAUAUUCUAUGUGUGUGGACAGCUUUUAUUUCUUUGCUAAAAUAUCUAUAUAUAAAUGUUAAACCUGUAUAAAUUCACGCGUAUAAAACUUUCAUUUUGAAGUAAUUAAAAGGCAUUAAAAAG